GCGGGACCUAGAGGUUUGUCACGCCUGCGCAAAGGACCCGACGGCAUGCUGCGUCGUUACUUUUGAAACGAGUGGCGGGGAAGUGUUGUGGAAGUCCCUGCUGUAGCUGUCUGCCGGGUGGAAGCGCGGUCCUUCGCUGUAGGCCUGGCAAUGGCGCUGCAGCUCUCCCGGGAGCAAGGCAUCACCCUGCGCGGCAGCGCCGAAAUCGUGGCUGAGUUUUUCUCAUUUGGUAUCAACAGCAUUUUAUAUCAGCGUGGCAUAUAUCCAUCUGAAACCUUUACUAGAGUGCAGAAAUAUGGACUCACCUUGCUUGUAACAACUGAUCCUGAGCUCAUAAAAUACCUAAAUAAUGUGGUGGAACAACUAAAAGAUUGGUUAUACAAGUGUUCAGUUCAGAAACUGGUGGUAGUCAUCUCAAAUAUUGAGAGUGGUGAGGUCCUUGAAAGGUGGCAAUUUGAUAUUGAGUGUGACAAGACUGCAAAAGAUGACAGUGCACCCAGAGAAAAGUCUCAGAAAGCUAUCCAAGAUGAAAUCCGUUCAGUGAUCAGACAGAUCACAGCUACAGUGACAUUUCUGCCACUGUUGGAAGUUUCUUGUUCAUUUGAUCUACUGAUUUAUACAGACAAAGACUUGGUUGUACCUGAAAAAUGGGAAGAAUCAGGACCACAGUUUAUUACCAAUUCUGAGGAAGUCCGUCUUCGUUCGUUUACUACUACGAUCCACAAAGUAAAUAGCACAGUGGCCUACAAAAUUCCUGUCAAUGACUGAGGAUAAGGACUGUGAUGUACUUGUAAUUCUCAGAUGUGGUUUUCCUGGAACCGAGUCAACUAUAGUUGAUACGUUUUGUUUCAUUGGUUAACUUUUAGAUGGGGAAAACUUAACAUUACGCUUUCACUGAACUGUGCAUAAUUGUUCCAUUUUUUGGUACCUGUAUGACUUUAUACAGGGUUGACCUACAUUAUUGCACACUAUUCAAAAGGGGACUAGGAGAUUACAUCAGCAUUGUUAUGUCAAUUCCUUUGAGAGUGGUAACCACAGAUGGCAAACUUUUGUUAUAAAGCUAAAUGCCUUCUUAAAUCAGACCUUUUUUGGUCAAGUACCUUGACUCAGAAUAUAGGUAGGGAGAUGUUUAAAUAUAAAAUAUAGCAAAAUAAGUCUGAAUAUUCAAAGUCUUUGUUUAGAUUCUGAAAUUACCCAAUAAGAAUCUGUAAGUAACGAAAUAUUGCUCCUAUUAGGUCCUUUUGCCAUUUAUUUCAUUUGUAUAGUUUCCAUAUUGAAAACAUUUCCAAUUAUUUGAUUUUAAUUUAUAUAACCUGAGCCCACAAAGGUAUGAAUAUUUCUACUUCAAAUUCCUAUGAUACAGAACUCUUAAAAAGUUUUUUUUUAUGGUUUAUAAAAUCAAGCUUUAAAUGAUGAUGAAAUAAAUGUGUACGUUUUAAA